CCCUUCUCUGCGGGCUCUCCUUCUGCACAGACAGGCAGCCAGCAGGCGUUGUGUUGACAAACAGUCCACAAUAAAGGGGACAGAGAAGAAGAAGAGCUGGACCAGGGCGGACCAAAGGGGGCCAGAAACUCACCAGGUAUGGCAGCGGUGUUGCCGAGAACCCUGGGUGAGCUGCAGCUCUACCGGAUCCUGCAGCGGGCCAACCUGCUCUACUACUACGAGGCCUUCAUCCAGCAGGGCGGCGACGACGUGCAGCAGCUGUGCGAGGCCGGGGAGGAGGAGUUCCUUGAAAUAAUGGCCCUCGUCGGCAUGGCCAGCAAGCCGCUGCACGUACGCCGCCUGCAGAAGGCGCUGCGGGACUGGGUCACCAACCCGGCCAUCUUCAACCAGCCGCUCACGUCGCUGCCGGUCUGCAGCAUCCCCGUCUACAAGCUGCCCGAGGGCUCGCCCACGCUGCUCAGCGGGCAGGAUCGGGCCAACACCGCCAGCGUCAAGAUGCCAAAAGGCGUCGCCGCUGCCUGCUCCGAUCCAGGGAAGCUGGACGUGGCGCGGGACAAAGUGUCAGCCGGGUCGCCUCUGCAGGGCAGCAGCGAGGCUCGAUUCUGGUCGGGCCACAGCAACGACAGCGAGCACAGCCUGUCGCCGUCAGACCUCGGCUCCCCGUCCUCGCCGAGGGACGCGUUAGAGGCUCUGGACGCCGCAGCGGUCCAGUCCGUCCUGGAGUGUGUGGACAGGAUGGCACCGGGACUUCCUAAGGCCGACCUCGCUGAGGUCAAAGAGCAGCUGAAGAACAACAAGAAAAUGGCAAAGAUGAUCGGACACAUCUUUGAAAUGAGCGACGACGACCCGCGGAGGGAAGAGGAGAUCCGUAAAUACAGCGCCAUCUAUGGACGCUUCGACUCCAAGAGGAGGGACGGCAAACACCUGACGCUGCACGAGCUGACAGUUAACGAGGCGGCGGCUCAGCUCUGUAUGAGGGACAUGGCUCUGCUGACGCGUCGAGACGAGCUGUUUGGACUCGCCCGCCAGAUUUCCAGAGAAGUCACCUACAAGUACACCUACCGCACCAGCAAGUCUCGCUGUGGAGACAGAGACGAGCCGUCCCCUAAAAGGAUUAAAACAGAGGAGAACUUCUUCGACAUCCAGGAGGCGCUGCAGGCGAUCCACAUGAGGCAGGAGAUGCUGAGGGAGCAGCUGGCCUGCGCCAAGUCGAAAGGAGAAGAAACCGUCGGACGCAAUCUGCAGAUGCAGCUGGAGCGUCUGCUGGCCCGGCAGAUGGAGAUCCUGCAGGACGCUGCAGUCCAGGAGCGGCUCCAGGCUCUGGACUGGAGGAUCCCCCCCGCCGCCUUAAAGUACCUCAACGACGCCCAGAACACCAACGGAGCGGCCGCCGACGCCAGCAGAGACAGCCAAGACGAACGGCCAAUCAACUUGCGGGUGGUUAGUCAGAACAUGCAGGAAGGCGACCUCCCAUUGGGCAAGCAGCUAGCCAAUGAACUGAAGCGCCAUCACAACCACAACAACAACAACAGCAACAACACAGACGACACCAAAACACCAGCAACAGAAAACGGGACGUCGCAGCGAGCAUCAAACCACACAGAGAAGAAGACCAUCAAGUCAGAGCCGGAAGACUCCACAUAGUGCCUCCUGCCUCGCCCUGAAACCCCUCACACCAACCCUCAAUUCAUUCUACUCACACUUGACAGUAUGCAGUUACUACCCGUCAAUAGAUACUAAGCAAGCACAGCCACAGUAGAGCCUUAACAACCAAUGUUGCCUCAUGAAUAGCAUUUAUUUUUCUUUGAUUUUGUCUUUUUGUUUUGUUUUUGUUUAAAAGGUAUUUGCCAAAGCACCGAGAGAGCAUGUCGAGAAGUCCUUCAGUGCUCUACAGGUCUUUGUCUGUUGAUUAAUCGUACACGUUAGAUGUACUUGUAAUUUAAGAGUGAUCUGUUGCAGACAUUUGUAUACUCUUUACCUCUGCCUGGGUGGUAUUUUUUGUUGCUUUCUUUGGACAGCCAGGUUGAAGGCUGAUACUCCGGGGCUGAGUUUUAACUCAAGCGUAGAUUCAGAGUCGAGAUAAAAUCAGAAAUGUUGGCUGUGGUGGGUUCAGCCUCGCUGUACCACUUUAUAUAACUACCAUACAGCCAAUAUUUUAAGACUUCCUUUAGUCACUUGGACGCUAAAACUGAAGCUGCUGAUGCUGCCAAUCUGAAAUCUAAAAUUUCAAAUUUCAAACCAUUUCAAGUGUCCACUGUUUCUCCUCCGGAACUUGUGAAGCCAUUGUAUCCAGAAAACAACACUGCUGUGCUAGCUAAGAUGGUGACCAUGGCUAAAGCUACAUGCUAAAUGUUAGCAUUUAGCUUGGAACCCAUUCAAGUACAAUCUUAUUGAUCCAGUGUGUUGAAUUUAGGGAAAUAUUUUAACAACCAAAACAGGAAAAGGUCCAGAAACAAAAUGUUAUGUUGGUUAAAAAGAAAGCCAGCCAUAAUUUUCUUGCGGUAAAUGUACUUAUGUGCAAAUUAAAGUAAAUACAUACAUGUAUGUGUAUGUUUUAACCGAAUACUUGGCCUUGACUUGAAUUUGGCGUUAUCAACCUGGCCAAAUAUCAGAUCUGAUGCCGAUAUAUAAGAUUACGAAUGUUAUGUCAAGUAUCUGAGUAAAUGUAAAGAGUUACACUCCAUCACUGUCACUAACCCUAACCCACUGCUAGAUGCAACUAAAUCUGACACACUGGUCCUUUAAAGAUACACAAGUGUGUCAAAGCAUUCAUAAUGAUUAUUAAUAUAGCUGCCAUUAUAAGUUGUUGCAAACUAUACAUAGAAAUAUAUAAAGAUGUAUUUUUAAAAAGUCAUCAACGUGUCCCAAAAUUGGAACUUAGUUUUCAGAUCUUUACAAGGCAACUUAAACUCCUGACGACUGUGAGACGAUCUUAAAAUUUAGCAGCAAAAGCCAAAGAUUUAGCAGUUUUUGCCACCGCAGGUCCUCUGAGCCUCCGUCUUUCUCCCAAAUCUAACGUAGGUGUCUGCAUUUGUACUGUAACUCAAACCGAAGGUGUAGAAGUACUGUAGGGAGAUGGAGUUAGGACUCAGCCCCUGUUGCAGUUAGUUUUUUUUUGUCGUUCACAUCAAAUGGGAAAACAGGAGAGGCGGGAUUAAUCCUCCCGUCCUCGCUCUUGUCUUGUGUAUAUUUAUGGGAGGUAAUAUAAGCAGAGGAUGUAUAGGAGCUGUUGUGGAAUAACAGCAGGGUACCUCUGUCAUUUGUCUUGGCAGGAUGGCUGGGCUGGCAUGCCAGAGGCUGAGCUAAUUGGUUCAUUUCACUUUGUAAUUUAGCAAAACACUGCUGUUGAAGUGAAACCACGCAUCUGCGAGCGGGGAGUAUUUCAGGAAUCAAGCCUGUGUUUUAUUUUUUAUUUAGAAGUGAUCCAACGAGCUUUCAGCGCGGCCCCACAGGUCGUAAAAUCCACGCAGCAUGAAAACUUCCAACUAAAGACAGAAUCAAAUAUUAAAGAUCGCAGGUGUGUGGUUUCUCUACAGCGGCAGCGAAAAAGCAAAAUUCCUGUUUAUUGCUGCUCGUCACAGAGCAGCAGCCCGGGGUCUGUAAAUAGUACCAAGAUAACAAAUAGUGCUAGCCUAAUCUCUCAACCAGGGUUUUCCUUUGUCAAGUGUAACUUUGCUGUAGAUUUUUUGGUGUCAAUACAGUGUUUAUGUGUAGAGCAAAAACAAAAAAAAAGACAACUUCUUAAGUGUCAUUGAGGAAAAAAUACAACAGUGUGAAAGUGUCUGGUAUAUAAAAACAUGCUUUACAUGAUGAUAAUGUUGAUUAGCCUUAGCUCUUAACAGUGUUUAAUCCACCUGUGAUGGCCAUCAGUGCAUAUUUCAAAGUUUUUGCUGUUUAGAGGUAAAAUGCAUAACGAAUAAGUGUUCACUGUGUUUUUAUGUGUAAAUACGUCUGUUUGCUCCACGAUGAUAAGACAACUUGGUCUCAGUGUCCUCGCCCCCGACUCCCCUGCAGAUAGUUUAGUCUCACUCAGCGUAAUGACAGACCAAUGCAAUAUUUAUGUAAGUAAUAAGUCAAUUUGCAUUCUGUAUGGAUCCAUCGUUCUGUUCUGUGCUCGGUAACUGUACGUCUGUCAUGAACUUCAGGGUGGGAAUUCACCUAAGACUUGGGAAAUGUUUGUGUGUCGUCUCACUUUUAGUCACUGUAUUUGUAUUUAAAGACAUUUUUCCAUCAGAGGAAACUAGAGAGGAUUUGUGAUCUGUUGUAACAAAAAAAAAAAAAAAAGAAGAAGAAGAAGAGGAAGAAGAAGAGAAAAAAAAGAAUCUCGUUUGCUAAAGCUGAACUAGCCGGUGACGUCGCGGAGGUGCAGGUCGAACACUGGCCUAGUUUUAGCGUGACUGUUGUGCGAUGUUUCGGAGGAUAGCGCAUGUCUGACCUGCCGUCUCACUGAUCACUGUUCUCCUCACUGUUUAUUGUAAAGUGAUAGAUUAGGCUUCACCUAGUUAUGCACCUGUUUUUUAAACACUAAUAUAUUUUAUUUGUUAUACAGCACAUAAACAUUAAACUUUAUUUUUUUGAACUCUA